AUGCGUGCCCUGGCCGAGGACCUGCCCCCUCUGUCCUUCGGGACGGGCUCGUGCCCUGCUCCGACCAAGGGGGAGCCGAAAAGGCAGGGGGGGCGGCUGCGGAAAGGCUAUGAGGUGGAGAGGGAGCAGGAGGUGGGCCACUCGGCCCGCCGGCUGGCCACCCACCGCAAUGCCUUCAAGCGCAUGGCCGUCAUCCAGGCCUUCCUGGGCUCCACGCCGCAGCUCACGCUGCAGCUCUACAUCAGCGUCCUCGAGAAGUACGUCCCCCCUGCCCGAGCCGUCCUCAUGGGGAUCUGCCUGGUGUCGGUCACCUACGGGGCACUCAUCUGCAACAUCCUGGCCAUCCAGAUCAAGUACGACGACUACAAGGUUCAGCUGCGGCCACUGGCCUUCCUCUGCAUCGUGCUGUGGCGCAGCCUGGAGAUCUCCACCCGCGUGGCCGUCCUCGUGCUCUUCGGCACCGUCUUCAAACACUGGGUCAUCCCUAUCGCCCUGGCCAACCUGCUGGUGGUCUUCUUCCUGCCCUGGGUGCAGUUCUGGCGCAGCGGCACGCGGCUGCCCGACAAUAUCGAGAAGAACUUCAGCCGGGUGGGCACGGUGGUGGUGCUCUGCGCCUUCACCCUCCUCUACGCCGGCAUCAACAUGUUCUGCUGGUCCGCCGUGCAGCUCAAGCUGGCCGACCGGGACCUCAUCGACAAGUCGCAGAACUGGGGCCGCCUGGCCGUGUACUACAUCGCCAGGCUGGCGGAGAACACGGCCCUCGUCAUCCUCUGGUACUUCUUCAAGACGGACGUCUACGAGAACAUUUGCACCCCACUGCUCGUGGUGCAGCUGCUGCUCGGCUACUGCCUGGCCAUCUACUUCAUGCUCCUCUUCUUCCAGUACCUGCACCCCUGCCGCCAGCUCUUCCACCACAACGUUGCCGACUUCCUGCACUGCGUCUGCUGCCGGCGGCGCACGCCCGGCCGGCCCGCGUCCCCGGGAGCCGUCUGGCUGGGCAUCAACGUCUUCCUCUUCACAUACUACUUUGUGUACUUCAACCACGAUGAGCGGUACUUCUACACCAGGGAGAUCCUCGGGUCCGCCUUGGCGUGGGCCCGGGCAUCGGCCAAGUGCCUCAACUUCAACAGCAUGCUGAUCCUGCUGCCCGUGUGCCGCAACCUGCUCUCCUUCCUGCGCGGGACCUGCUCCUCCUGGAAGUGGGUUCUGGCCCCGGUCCUCCUCUACAUCUUUGAGCGGAUCCUUCGGGUCUGGCGCUCACAGCAGAAGGUGGUUGUUACCAAGGUGGUCAUGCACCCCUCCAGAGUGCUGGAGCUGCAGAUGCAGAAGAAGGGCUUCCACAUGGAGGUGGGGCAGUACAUCUUCGUCAACUGCCCCGCUGUCUCCCUCCUGGAGUGGCACCCCUUCACCCUCACCUCGGCACCUGAAGAGGACUUCUUCUCCAUUCACAUCCGGGUGGCUGGGGACUGGACGGAGAGCGUCAUUAACAUCUUCCAACAGCAGAAUCCGGAGAUGCCCAGGAUCGAAGUGGAUGGCCCUUUCGGCACUGCCAGCGAAGAUGUGUUCCAGUAUGAGGUGGCCAUGCUGGUGGGAGCGGGCAUCGGGGUCACCCCCUUCGCCUCCAUCCUGAAGUCCAUCUGGUACAAGUUCCAGCAGGCUGACCAGGCCCUCAAGACCAAGAAGAUCUACUUCUAUUGGCUCUGCCGGGACACGGGGGCCUUUGCUUGGUUCAACGACCUGCUUGCCUCGCUGGAACAGAAGAUGGCCGAGUCUGGCAAGGCAGACUUUCUCACCUACCGGCUCUUCCUCACCGGCUGGGACACUAGCAUCGCCAACAAUGCAGCGCUCAACUUUGACAUUGCUACAGACACGGUGACCGGCCUGAGGCACAAAACCAUUUUUGGGCGGCCCAUGUGGAACACCGAGUUUGCAGCGGUGGCCACUGCCCACCCAAGGUCGGUAGUCGGUGUGUUCCUGUGUGGGCCAGAGGCCUUGGCAAAGAGCUUGCAGAAGUCUUGUCACCAGCACUCCAGCCUGGACCCCAGGAAGGUCCAAUUCUACUUCAACAAGGAAAACUUCUAAGCUGGAUCCAUGCUGUAACUAUGGCUUGCAGAGGACAACCAGCUGGUCUUUGCAUCCAUCCCCUUUCGGACUGAGUCAGCCUGGCCAGGGCUAAGCACCAAUGGAAGAGCACUUGCAUCAAACCUAGGCAAGACGUAGCAAGGCACUACUUCUCCAUGAGAAACCCUACGUUCAAAGACUGCUGCCUUCUUGACCCAGUGUACAGAGAGAGUCCUCGUGAGUGGAAGAGGCCCAGAUCUCAGCACAGCCCUCUCUGAAGAGAACUGGGGCAAGCGUCGUGAUGCUGCGUUACAGGAGCGGUGUGAAGGCCUGGAUCAGCUAUAACCAGCUAGAGCGCCCACAGGCUGGGCAGAACCGAGGGACAGUGGGAUGGGACGGGAGCUGGA